UAUGAUGUGAUUUCCAGAGAUUCUGUUUGCAAAGUUUUCCUCCUCCAACCUGCAGGACUGCGUCGGAUUAAGCACCCCCGCAGACAAGCAGGAGUUGACGCGAAUAGGGUGAAGUGGAGAUGGCCCAUCAGCGCGCUUCUUUGCGUCUCACUCGCUUUUUGUGUCGUCCUAAAGUCCGGCAGGUUCGCACGGUUUGGUUUUAGCCGCCGGACUCCGGUGGAGAGCUGGGAUUCUCACUGUUGGAUCUACAGGAUGCUUCGUCUUUUUCUCUCGCACAAUGUGCAACCAGAGGACAAGUGGAUCAGUUUGACAAGUUCUCGUGUCAUUUUCUUUUAAUCCCGGAACACCUCGUUAAAAAAAAAAAAGAACAUUUUCUAAAGCGCAAUGAUUUUAACAACUUUUCUCAUUAUACUGUCCUUUCUGGAUUCUGUGUUCACCCUGAAGGGUGACAGCGGCUCAGCCUCCCGAGCCGUCCGACUGGACUGCGUAAAGGCCAGUGAACAAUGUCUAAAGGAGUACUCCUGCAGCACCAAGUACCGGACAAUGAGGCAGUGUGUGGCGGGGAGGGAGAGCAACUUCAGCGCGGUCCACGGUGCCGAGGCGCAGGGCGAGUGCCGCAGCGCUAUAGAUGCCAUGAAGCAGAGCCCCCUUUACAACUGUCGAUGCCGAAGAGGCAUGAAAAAGGAGAAAAACUGCUUGCGGAUAUUUUGGAGCAUAUAUCAGAGUUUACAGGGUAACGAUUUGCUGGAAUACUCUCCAUAUGAACCAGUGAAUAGCCGGCUCUCGGAUAUCUUCCGCCUGGCUCCCAUCAUAGCUGCCGAGCCUGCCUCCACAAAGGAGAACAACUGUCUGAACGCUGCCAAGGCCUGUAACUUGAAUGACACAUGUAAGAAGUAUCGCUCGGCUUACAUCAACCCCUGCACUAGCAGGGUGUCCACUUCUGAGGUUUGCAACAAGCGCAAAUGCCACAAGGCUCUAAGACAGUUCUUUGACAAGGUUCCAACGAAAUACAGCUACGGGAUGCUGUUUUGCUCCUGUCCAACGGGGGAUCAGACAGCAUGUGCAGAACGCAGACGUCAAACCAUUGUACCGGUGUGCUCCUAUGAGGAUAAGGACAAAACCAACUGUUUAUCUCUUCAAAACACAUGUAAGACCAACUACAUAUGCAGGUCAAGACUGGCAGACUUCAUCAGCAACUGUCAGCCAGAGGUUCACUCCAUAUCUGGCUGUCUUAGAGAGAACUAUGCUGACUGUCUGCUUUCUUACUCAGGUCUUAUUGGUACAGUAAUGACACCCAAUUAUGUGCGAUCCUUUGGAAUUAGCCUGUCGCCGUGGUGUGACUGCAGUGGCAGUGGGAACAGCAAGCCAGACUGUGAUAAAUUUGUUGAGCUGUUCACCAACAACCGAUGUCUACGUAACGCCAUCCAGGCUUUUGGGAAUGGUACAGACGUUGGAGUCUGGCAACCCCAGCCCCCGAUUCAGCCCACAGUAGACCCUAGCAUCACUCGGAAGGGUAAAGCACGAACCAAUAAUGCUCUGGAUGCACUGACGGACAUGACCAAACUGGAUCUUGAUGGCAACUCACUAUAUCACAUCUGCGGGACCCUGCAGGCUCAAAAGCUAGUGUCAAAUCAAACAGUGGACUCUGCUCUGUGUGUGAACCAUCAACUGGAUGAGUCCAACGACUCAAACGCCAUUGCUAGAAGUUCACCAGCUGAAAUCACCUGCUCACACCCCUCAGUGAUGCUCCUCGCACUGGCCUUAGCCUUCACAUCAACACUACUGCAGCUUGAAGGUUUCCUGCUUUUGUAGACUCUGAGGACUAUCGCUCAACAUUUUUAUCUGGAGAACUGAUUGGACCCUUUUUAAUUUAGGCAUCUGCCCAAGUGCAGCAGCUACAUUUUUCUUUAAUUAGAAGCCACCAAACAGCACGGUAAGAACAGUGAAAUCAGGCAACAGUGGAUUGUA